CACCUACCUGAACCUGUAGCGUCCCUUCCUCCUCCUCCACCUCCAGGUAGGGUGGAGCUGUUUGUACCUGGACAGGAAAGAGAUAGAAAAAUGGCGUUAUAGUCGGACUUUGGAGUGCUUUCAACGACACAUAUUCACACAGGUAUGAGCCAGCCGCCCCGUUCAAACCGGGGACACCGGGAGAGAAACGGAGACCACCGACACUACCGGGACUCCCACGAUGACAGACAGUCAUCAGGCGACAGGUCUUCCUCUCGACCUCCAUACUACCCCAGAGAAGCCGACUCCCCUCCCAAACAUGCGCGGGAAGUCCCACGAGUUGAGCACCAUGAGUCCAAAUGCACACACAUUUGCUCCAGGAGAGGCAUUGUGCUGAUUUGUGCCGUACUGACCAACAGCCUGGUCCUGAUCUGCGUGGUUGCAGCUCAAAUGGUGACGUCAGGCAUGUCCUCCAUGGGCGGGCUGGGCGGCUUCAACAUCAACUCAAACUUUAACUUGCAGGGCACCGAGCUGCAGCAGGUACGAGACCUGGACAUGCAGUACAGCCAGAUGAGGGCGCCGGGCAUCUACGGUGGUAUCGCCUUUAGCCUGACCUUGGGGGUCCUCUCGCUGCUGUUUGUUGUCGCCGGGAACAGACCGCCCCACUUGAUGUCCCGGAAGCUUCUGUAUGGAGCGCUGGUGUUUCAGGCGGUGGGUGCGGUGGCUUACGUAGUGGCUGUGGGGCUCUACCUGCACUUUAUCAUCAGGGUCAACUCCACAGAUGUGUGUCAGCAGCGUGAGAGGCUGUACGCCAGGAAUGGAUACACAUGGAUGAACUGUGAUGUGAGCGGGGCAGAUGCAGCCGUGGCUCUGUUUGGGCUCAUCACAGCCAUCCUGUACACCGCCGGCACGGUGCUCACCAUCCAGACGAUCCGAGGAGUGAGGCGCUAUCUGCAGGAGCGGAAACGCAGAGAUGCCGAAAAACAGCGGGCCCGAGGCCACCCACAGGGAUACCCACUGAGGGCUGAAACCACCUCUGUGUGAGAGAACGGACAGCUGGGGCCUGUAUCACAAAUAAGAUCAGUGGGUUACCGAUAUGACUGUGGCUCUCUGGUAUCAUGAAGCUGGCUCACUCUUAACCAGGGUUAGAUCACCAUGGAAACCUAUGCUGCACAGCUAACCUGCUCUGAAGCAGGUUAUGUUCAGAGCAGCAUCUUUCCUUAAGGGUCCUAACACGGAUAAAAGUAGUGAGUUUACUUUACAACAAACUGACUGUCUGUGUUGAUGCUGAUUUUAUACCCUUCUGCCAUCACUGCAGCUCAGGAUGACAUGAAGUUAAGUAUUUAAGUUUUUUAGACUCAGUCAGAUAACUAUAAAGUAAUUGUUUAUCAGAACAAAACUCCACAUGCACUGUAAAUUACAAAUACAACAUUUUGGUACUGCUCUGCUUUGACAGCAAUAACAGCUUCUCACUGCUUUAAGUGUGUCACAUUCUAGGUGUGUGAUUUCUAUUGUGUAUUUAAUCCUGAUAAACAGCAGUUUUUGCUGCAGCUGCCUAUAGCAGUUUCAUUUUAUAAAACAUUAAAUACUCCACUGUAAGUUUUCUGAGAGUGCACUUGUGGCUGGAUCAGUAAACACAGUGAACUGAGCCAGUUAAUGAGCAGCGUCUUAAGCUUUAGUUAUCCAGGAUCAUCAAUGUUGGGCUCAGUGAAGCCAGGUCAAAGAGAGCCAGACUUAACCUUCACUUGCUUUGUGAUAAAAGUCCAAUCUGUUUGUACUGUAAAUUGGAUUAUACUGUGUGAACUCAGUCAGGGAUUUAUAUGAAUGUUUUUAACAUGUACACUAAUGUUUAAUUCAUGUGCUUUUAUAUCAAAGUGUGACUUUAUAAUGCAAAGUUUUUAAAAGUGAAACUGUACAAGAAUGUAUCUACUCCAGAUUAAACCUCCAUCAAUGAGA